GUGAUGUGUCAGUGGACGUGGUUUCUAAAAAUUUAUAAUUUACACAAAACAUUCGUAAAUAUAUAAGGCAGUCAUAAAAAUAUAACUUUUUUGUUGUAGACUCUCCUAUUACCUUAAUGUAGCAUUGAAUUCUAGCUGCACCAACCCAUCUCUCAACAAUGGAUAUAACGCAAAAAUUCAAAGCCGGUGUAAUGACAGUAAAAUUACAGCGCAAAGGUGAACUGCCAGCACAAACCGUAGACAAACAACGGAGUGUACCCAAGAGUGGCGCUGCUGCUGGAGCUGGUCGUCGCGAUGACUUCACAAAACAAGCAAAGGAUGUGUGUCAUAAAAUUACAACAUUGCGUAAUGUGCUGGUGGAGAAUCGUGCAGCGUAUAUGCGUGUAGGUCAACACCUGAAGAGCGCGACCCAUAUGAGCGAUGAACAGCGUGAUCUAAUUGAUCGAGAAUCAGAAAAAUUUGUAGCAUACUAUACACAGCAUUUAGCACAAAUGCGCACCGAUUGGAAACGUGCUAAAAGAAAAGCACAACAGCAACAACAUAUUGAAGCAGUAAUCGAUUUGUUAGAACGCUAUCUACAUAGUGUACAACAAAUCUACUUAGAACAAAAACGUUAUCGUGUGCAAUAUGAAUUGGAAACCUAUAAAUUACUAAAAUUGGCAGCUGAUAAGAAGAAAAUACCAGUACGACCAGCUGGUGAGAAUAGUGGAAAACGUUUAAUACGACAGUCCACAAGCAGCAGCAACGACGCUGAUGAUGUAGUUGACGAAUUACGACCACGCAGUGAUUUGGUUGAAGAUGUGUCAGAUUUACAAGGCGAUUGGGCAGAUGACGAUGACUUAAGCGCUAAAAGUUAUAAAAACGAACUAAAUAAUGCGGCUGUUGCUAGUAAUAACGGAUAUAUUAGUGGCGAUGAAAAUUUAAACAUGAAUGGUUCACAACUACGACAUCGACAUCCACAUGCCACAACAGAAGAUAAUUUUGGUAGUGGCGGUGAGAUUAAGACAACAAAAUCUACACAAAAAGUGGCCGUAGACGAGGAUUUACAAAAGUCACAGCAGUUGGAAGAUGAGGCUGAAGCAGCGAAAACGCUUUCACCUGAAGAUGUGCAAAUGUUCGAACAGGAGAAUAUGCAACUGUACCAUGAAUUGCAAGGUGUGGCUGAAGAGGUGGAACAAAUUGAGAAAAAUGUGGUGGACAUUGCGCAAUUACAAGACAUAUUUACUGAGAAGGUUUCACUACAGCAACACAAUAUUGAGCGUAUCGCAAACGCCGUUAUUGGUGCAACGGAAAAUGUUAAAGAUGCUAAUGAGCAGAUCAAGCAAGCCAUACAACGCAAUGCCGGCCUACGUGUGUGGUCACUUUUCUUCUUGCUAGUAAUGUCAUUUGCUUUACUAUUCCUUGACUGGUACUACGACUGAAAUUAUGUUAUGAAAGUAGUGCGUAUUUAAAGCGUCGAACUAAUAUAUAAUAAGUCCACAUUAUAUGAUAUUGUCAUAAUAACAUUUGUUGUGAAAUUUGAAAUAUUUUUAAUUAAUAGGAAUUUAUGUUUUUAAACGGCAUAACGUCUGUUAAAACUAUUAAGCUAUUUAGUUUGAAAUUUGAUAAUUAUUUAUAACAGUCGUACGCAGUCACUUUAACAUGCAUUUUUACAUUUAAUAUGUGAAUAAUACUUUUUUGUACCGAUAUUAGCUUAAGCACAUAAAUACAUAUAUGUAUAUAUAAU